AUGGGCAACUGCUCUCAAAAGCAGAGUGGUUCGGCCGUUGGCUCAUCGGGAACCAGUUUCUUUUCAAAUUUAUUUCAUAAAGCACAUAUUGAUCCACAUGCAUUGGCACAGACAUGUCCACCACCUCACGGCGGAGAGAUGCCCCUCGGAGAGUGUGCAGUUCUCCGUGAUCGUCCUGCAAUGAGAUUCGACAGUCGCCUUGUCUGUAAAUAUGAAGUUUUGGCAGUUGUCGGAAAAGGAUCAUUCUCUCAAGUAUUACGUGUUCAACAUCGAGUCACACGCAAGUAUUUCGCAGUGAAAGUUGUCAAUGGAGACUGUGGAGCAGUUAAUAAUGAGCUGAAUAUAUUGAGUCGGUUAUCACAUCCAUUUGUUAUUCGGCUGGAAGAGGUCUUCAAAUCCUCAUCCAAAUUAUUCAUUGUAAUGCAAAUGGCAAGUGGCGGUGAAAUGUAUGAUCGGGUUGUUGCAAAAGGAAGAUAUUCGGAAGAAGAAGCGAGAAAUGCACUUAAAAUGUUGCUUACCGGUUUAACGUAUCUACAUUCGAUUCGGGUUACACAUAGAGAUCUAAAACCAGAAAACUUGCUGUAUUCGGACGCUCGUCCAGAAGCUCGUCUCCUCAUCACAGACUUCGGAUUGGCGUAUCAAGCCACAAAACCAAAUGAAACAAUGACAGAAACGUGUGGAACUCCAGAGUAUAUUGCACCAGAACUAUUGUUAAGAGUACCGUAUACACAGAAGGUCGACAUGUGGGCAGUCGGAGUAAUUGCCUAUAUCCUCAUGUCCGGAAUAAUGCCGUUUGAUGAUGAUUGUAGAAGUCGAUUGUAUACACAUAUUAUUACGGCUAAUUACGUUUAUUAUCCACAGUUUUGGUCUGGAUCAGAAUUGGCCAAGCAGUUUGUAGACUCCCUAUUGAACACGAAUUCAGCUGAGAGACUCAGUGCAUCUGGAGCCAUGAAACACGAAUGGCUCACUGGAGAACGGCCGACAACGUCACAGAAUAGGCCUCCAACUAGGCCGACGUCCGAGUAUAACAGCAUGCAGAGGACAAAAUCCACUCGAUCGAUUCGUUCCGUGACGAGAUCAGACCACGGUCAUCGUGUCGAUCCACGAGAAGUUGACGAGUUGGCAAAUGACUUGAAACGGGUUGCACAAACAACCAAAAAUUACGGUGUCUUCUAA